GGAAUGGGAGGCAGUAUUUAUCGACAAAUCCGUUUGGCAAAUUGUGUUACUAAUUUCGUACAUCAUAAAUAAUACGAAAAGUAAGCUCGAAUGGAAAAUACUACUUUAUAUAAAGAGCUCAAUAAUAUUCCGUUGGCUGAUGAUGAUCCUCAAGCUGUCAUUCCUUCUGAUGGAGAAGAAGCAGGUAUAGAGCGACAUUCUCUAGAUUCCAUGUCAUCUCGUUUUACCAACGACAGUUCGGAGCAUCCUUUAUGUGAUGGGGACAUCAACUUGGAUGAGCAAGAAGAAAAGGCCCGCUUAAUAGCACAAGUCAUGGAACUUCAAAAUACUCUUGAUGAUCUUUCUCAACGGGUGGAUAGUGUAAAGGAAGAAAAUCUUAAGCUGAGAUCAGAAAACCAAGUUUUGGGACAAUAUAUAGAAAAUUUGAUGUCAGCCUCUUCAGUAUUUCAAUCAACAUCUCCCAAAACCAAAAAAAAAUAAAUGCCUGGUCAAAACUAGCCCUUAACUUCAGCUAUCACAGCUUUUAAUAACAAUUCAUCAUCAUUUAAAAUGUAGUAUUUUAUUUAUCAUUUUGCGCACUAGUCCUAUUGACUGCAAUACAUUUCCACUGCACUGAG